AACUUAGCGUCCGGCGUCCGCACUCCCGCGUCCGCAUCUCAAAUCUCAGUGCCGCACUGCCGCGUCCGCGCCUCCUCCCCGCGGACCCCGCCUGCCGCUGGCCCUGCCCCCCGCCGCCGCCAACCGCCCCCCGACGCCGAGUCGCCGACCCCCUCUCCGGUUGUCCCGAGGCGGCGAGGCUCGACGCCGACGUCCUGCGCCCUCCGCUCGACGCCCCCGGCCUCAGCCCGACGAGCCCGACACCGAUCUGUGAGACAGUGAGAGACUGAGACUGAUAUUGUGACUUGUGAGUUGUGACAGUCAAGAUGGCUCUCUCAUCAGUUUUCAGGAGGGUGAAUGUCAAAGAACUGAUCUCAAACGUUUCAGUGUACUCUAGCAUAACAGAAUCAUCUAGCGGAAUGAGCUUAAUUAUUAAGCGUUGGGCCACCAAAAAGACUGCUGGAUCAACAAAAAAUGGCCGUGACUCUAACCCUAAGUACUUAGGUGUUAAGAAGUUCGGUGGAGAGAGAGUGGAACCAGGAAAUAUCAUUGUGCGCCAAAGAGGAACCCGCUUCCAUCCUGGGAACUAUGUUGGCAUGGGGAAGGAUUACACUCUGUUCUGUCUGAAAGAAGGACAUGUGCGAUUUGAGCGCAACAAGCUGACUGGCAGGAAAUGGGUUCAUGUUGAUCCUGUUGCUGGGCACGUGCUCCACCCUGUCUACGCCAGUGAUUCGAGCAUUGCAGCUGAAAUGGAGCCUCUGUAAUGUCUAUGCAUUGGUUGAAGUAAUAUGGUGCUAAUAGCUCGUGCCCUUUUCCAGUGCAUUGUCUAAAGGAACUUGUUCCAAUGAACUCAGGGAGGCACUGAGAGAUGGAAUGCGAUUGAGGGUUUGGGAGAAAACAGAAAAAACUGUAGAUAUACCCUCGUGAGAAUUUAAGGCUUACUAGUACAUCUUCCCUUGGCCGAAAUUGGAUAUAUAUACCUUGUUUUGCCUUGUUCUUGAACAAAAUACCGUAUUAUAUCAUUUGGGUCUCAUUCUAGUUUUUA